AUGCAGCACACGCAGCAGCAUCAAUGCGGUGGCGGGCCUCAGUACGGCGCGCCGCCGCCGCCGACGGACAUGGGCCCGUUCUCCACGCCGCCGCCUGCUCCGGGCCCCAUGCCGCUCAGCAGCCGCCCCCCGCCGACACCGAGCCAGCAGCAGACGCAGCAAGGCUACGACGAAUUGGGCGGCUCCGGCAGCUUCCCCGACGACGAUAUGGCCGGCGGCGACUCAGGCGGCGUGCUGGGGUCGGGUGGCGGCGGCAACCGCUGGCCAAGGGAGGAGACGCUCGCGCUCAUCAGGAUCCGGUCAGAGAUGGACGCCGCCUUCCGCGACGCCACGCUCAAGAGUCCCCUCUGGGAAGAGGUCUCCAGGAAGCUUGCGGAGCUGGGCUACAAGCGAAACGCCAAGAAGUGCAAGGAGAAGUUCGAGAACGUGCACAAGUACUACAAGCGCACCAAGGAGGGCCGCACCGGCCGCCAGGACGGCAAGAGCUACCGCUUCUUCCAGGAGCUCGACGCGCUGCACGGCCCAACCAUCGCCCACCCGCCGCAGCUACCGCCGGCCAGUGCCGCCCCGCAGCAACUGCAAGCCUUCGCCACGCCCGCACCCAUGAGCGCAAUGCCGCCGCCGCCAGGCCCGAUCCAGCCGGCGCCCAUAUCCUCCGCGGCGCCGGCUACGGAGCACCACCCCAAGCCGCCGCCGCCCCUCAGCCUGCAAGGCCUGAGCUUCCCGUCCAUGUCCGAGUCAGACUCGGACGACGACGAGGAGUUCGAGGACGACGAGAUGACCGCGGAGACCGGCGGCAGCCCGGACGGCCUCGGCAAGCGCAAGCGCGGCGGGAGCAGGAAGAUGAUGGCUUUCUUCGAGGGGCUGAUGAAGCAGGUCAUCCGGCGGCAGGAGGAGAUGCAGCUGCGGUUCCUGGACACCAUGGAGAAGCGGGAGGCGGAGCGCACGGCCAGGGAGGAGGCGUGGCGCCGGCAGGAGGUCGCCCGCCUCAACCGCGAGCAGGAGCAGCUCGCGCACGACCGCGCCGCCGCGGCCUCACGCGACGCCUCCAUCAUCGCGUUUCUCCAGCGGAUCGGCGCGCAGGCCGUGCAGGCCCCGCCCGUCGUCAUCCCCAUGCCGAUGCAGGUGCAGACCCCGCCGCCGCCGAAGCAGCCGAGGCAGCAGCUGCCGCCCCCGCCGCAGCCCGCGCAGCUGCCGAAGCCCAUCCCGGCCGCGCCGCUCCAACAGCAUACGCCGCCGCCACAGCCACAGCCCGCACCGCAGCCGAAACCCAUCCCUGCCGCGCCGCUCCAACAGCAGCCGCCCGUGCCGCAACCACAGCUCAAGGAAACAACGACGCACCAAGAGGCGGGGAUGCCACGCAGCGCGCCGACACCGCCUCCCGGCGGCUCAUCGCUCGAGCUGGUUCCCGUCGCCGCGGAGCAGCACGGCGAGGCCGCUGGUCACGGCGGAGGAGGGGACAGCGGCGGGGGCGCGUCGUCGUCGCGCUGGCCCAAGACGGAGGUGCACGCGCUGAUCCAGCUGCGCAUGGACAUGGACAACCGCUACCAGGAGAACGGGCCCAAGGGUCCGCUCUGGGAGGAGAUCUCCGGCGGGAUGCGAAAACUGGGCUACAACCGGAACUCCAAGCGCUGCAAGGAGAAGUGGGAGAACAUCAACAAGUACUUCAAGAAGGUCAAGGAGAGCAACAAGAGGCGGCCCGAGGACUCCAAGACUUGCCCUUACUUCCACCAGCUCGAGGCCAUCUACCGCAAGAAGCAGCACACCGGCAGCAUACUCCCUCCUGCUGGCAACGCUGGCAACGCCGUCGUGUCUGUCUCCUCCGCCGCUGUCACGGAACAGCAGCUUAGCCUCAACCGGCACGAGAUAGAGGGGAAGAAGAUCAAUGACAUCGACAAGAGAAACAACGGAGGAAUUGGAGUGACGCCGCAGGUGCCGACCAGCAAUGGCCAGACAACGCCGCCGACGACCACGUUCGACAUUGAUCUCGGCGACAAGAAGCCAGAAAACACUAUGAGGGAGCUGGCCGAGCAGCCGCGCCGGGAGUUCAUGACGGACGAGACUGACAGUGACGACAUGGGCGACGACUACACUGACGACGGGGAGGACGGCGAGGACGACCGCAACAUGUACAGGAUACAGUUCCAGAGACCAAACCCGGUCGGCACCAACAAUGCACCUCCACCGGCAACGACGCCGACGACCGUGGUGCCAACAUCAACUCCGGCGAGCUCCUUCCUUGCAAUGGUCCAAUAG